AUGUCGUCAGACAAAGAUAUAACAAAGAAGACAAAACGGGCUCACAAGACUCUAACAAUAGAGCAGAAGGUAGCAAUACUGGAUGAACUGGGAAGUGCCUCCUAUUCUGUGCUGUGUGAACGAUAUGGAAUCGGUCGAAGCACCAUUAGCGAUAUCAAGAGGAAAGAGUCUGAACUGAGGCAAUACGAAAGGAAGCUAACCGAAAUGGGAACGAGUCGACUUGCCAAAACAAUGAAGCUUUCUACUUACGAGGAGCUGGAGAGGGCUGUUUUCAUGUGGUUUCGGCAGACGCGCGAGAAAGGCAUUCCUGUAUCAGAAGAGGAUUUCGGCAACUUUGUUGCCUCGUCUGGUUGGCUUUGGAGAUUUUGUAAGCGUCAUUGCAUUAGACAGCUGGCCUUACAAGGAGAAAAGCUGUCUGCCGAUAAACCAGCUGCUGAUCAGUUUGUGUUACGUUUCCAAGCUUUUGUCAAGGAUAGUGAUUACAGCACUGAACAAAUAUUCAACUGUGACGAGUCAGGUUUGUACCAUAAGCUGCUGCCUCAGAAAACGCUUGCUGGUCACUUUGAGAGGUCUGCUGAUGGGCGCAAGACUCAAAAGGACCGUGUUACCAUCAGUGCCUGCUCAAACGCGUCUGGUAGCAUAAAACUACCCUUGGUCUUGAUAGGUAAAUCCAAGAAUCCUCGUUGUUUCAAAAACGUCAAUCGUGAUCACUUGCCAGUGAGUUACUACAACCAGUCUAAUGCUUGGGUGAACACAGGAAUAUUUUCUGACUGGUUCCAUCAUAAGUUUGUUCCUGUAGUGCAGGAAACGUUAAGGGAAAAGGGUUUGGAUGAUAAAGCUGUCCUUCUGCUUGACAACUGUUCUGCUCAUCCGAAUGAAGAAGACCUGAUAUCAGCAGAUGGCAAAGUGAUCGCAAAGUUCCUUCCACCGAAUGUCACUUCGUUAAUUCAACCCAUGGAUCAAGGUGUGCUAGUAUCCAUUAAACGCCGAUACAGGAAAAAGAUGCUUCAAGAUCUUAUUCUUCAAAAUGAUAGAGGUGUGUCAAUCAUUGACUUUGUUUGUGGAAUCAACAUGAUGGAAAUUUCUGAUAAAGUUUCCGCUAGUUGGGAUGAAAUUACACCUAGAACAAUUCGAUUGUCUUGGAGAAAGAUUCUACCCAUUUAUCCUGACGAAGGCAGUCAGGAACCUGCUGGCAUCACAGAAUCAGGAGAGUCAUUUGAAGAGCCUUCUUCUAAUUUGACCCCUCUCUUCUCUGCUUUGGGUUAUGAAAUGACUUCAACAGAAAUUGAGGAGUGGUUAAUGGUAGACAAUUUGGAUCCUGGUUACACUCAUUUGGAUGAUGAUGAAAUUGUCACUGAAGUCUUGGCUCACGGUCGUGAUGAAGAGACUGCUGCAGAUGAAGAUGAAAUGCAAAGUUCUGAUCAUGAUGCAAGCACAAACCAGUCUGGCAUCUCUCAUGGCAGUGCAUUUCAAAUGCUCUCUGAUUGUUUGACAUGGUUUCGGGAACAGACAGAAGCAACUCAAUACAGCUUGAGUGUUCUUCGGAGCCUACGUGACCUUGCAGCUAAAAAGAGACUAAGCACUCUUGAACAGACGCGGGUGACGGACUACUUUGAGAAAUGAGUUGCUUUUGCUUGUUGUUGGGUUACCUACUUAGUUAGUUGCGUUGCAAGAAUUCUUGUCCCUGCGUAGGCAUGUAAUUGUUGACAUAUGUAUGCGCAAACGGUCUGGAUUGUCAAGGCUAUGUCUGGGUCUCCAAGGCUUCGUAUUUUGAUAAUCCGAACAAAUUCAGUAAUCCGA